AUGUACCCUAAAAAACGGUCAACUGCACAUGCUCUCAUGUCAACAAGCGUAUCGCAAAAGAAAAUGCAUCUCGGUGAUCGCGUCUGCAAAGAGGAUUUCUGUAACGCUGUGCAGGGAACAGAAUUGGGAGCCUCAAUCCUCGCCGCCUCACCAUCACCCAACAUUGUGGGUCCCGGUGAAUGCUAUGUCGGAUUGAAACACGGCGAUUACUCGGUUGGAGGCACUGAGCUCUGUGACGGAGACUGCGGCACUUUCUCAACGCUCGCCAACGGGAAAAUCAGUUAUCUUUUCUUCUGCGCUCCACGACCAUUGUGCCAGGGAUUCUUGAAAUCGGAUGAUGGGACAAUUGUUCUCGACGGGAAUGUGAACGGCUCUUGCUGCAGUACGGGACCGAAUUGCAAUGCGGAUGGGCUCGUUUCCCCAAUGCCACCACUUUCCACCGAUUUUCGACCACCAAUCGCUUGCUUUUCCGGAAUCACAUUCCAAAAUAAAUUCCUUACUCCGGGUGGUUAUGUUGCGUGCCAAGGCGAUUGCUCAUCGCUCCAAUACAAGCUUCAAUCAAACUUCACAUUCACCAUCUAUGGCUGUGACCCGGGCAGUGUUUGCAAGGGAUUCGGUUUGCAGAACAAAUGCGCGAACAUUGACGACGGAACCUUCUACGGUUGCUGCUGUGACACGGAUGAUUGCAUUGAUCCAACCCUCAUGCCACCAGUUUCACCUGACAACCCGGUGCCUGAGUGGAUUGAAUGCUACGCGGGAGUGCAUAUGAAGUAUACCGAUCACAAUUUCGAUGCCGGUGGUGAGGCGAUUUGUCACGGAUACUGCGGAAGCGCCGUCACUAAGCUCAACUCGACGCUGCCAGCUUCUCCAACAGUGAUUGUUCCGCAGAUGAUUGCUUGCUAUCAAGGACUUUGGGUGAACAAUCAAUCGAUGAGUGAUGGCGAUUUCACCGCUUGCGCUGGCGAUUGUGCUUCGAUCACCCUGCCGACCACAAUGAGACUUGUCGUCGGAAACCCUGGAACUGACAGCUAUUCGGUGAUCGGUGGAGCAUUGCCGUGUCAAGGAGAGUGCGCCUAUUUCAAGAGCAACUACACCGGAAUGCCAGCCGCAGGCUACUUCUGUGCUCCACGCGGUCUUUCCUACAACGGAACGAUGCUCCAAGACGCCGAUCGUUACAUGACUUGCCGAGGUGAUUGCGGAUCUCUCACUUUCACCACCACCAUCGGCGGCAAACCACACUCGCUCACCAUGUACAGCUGCGAUCCAACAAAUAUGUGUGCUGCGUUCAAAUUGAAAGACUCUUGCGCUCAAGUGGGCAAAGAUGAUGGCGGGAACUCGUUGAGCGGUUGUUGCUGCUCAUGGAACGAUUGCCUUGAUCUUGGCACUGGAGAAUACAUUCGAGGAUGCUGUUGUGAUGAUAGCAACAAUUGCAACAUCCACGGAACUGACGUUGAUGUCACAAUUGCUCCACCAACAAGCAUUCCGGAUAAUCGAUCACCGAUUGCUUGCUACUCGGGAAUAAGCAUGAACGGAGGAGUGCUCACCGAUGCUGACAGUUAUUUGGCUUGUCAUGGAGAUUGUGCAUCAGUCUCCUACCACUCGACAUUCAACGGAAAGAGUGUUGUCACCACAAUCUAUUCUUGUGAUCCAGCCGCCUAUUGCAGAGAUCUCGGAAUGAGUAACAGUUGCGCAAACAUUGACAGCACGGACUCGACAACAACGAUCUAUGGAUGUUGCUGUGAUUGGGAUGACUGUAUUGACACGAACAACAAUGGAAUGAUCAAGCCACAUGACAACAACAACACCCGACCGGACAACCUCGAAUGUGUCGUCGGAUAUUCAAUCGAUUUCGGCGGUGAUCAGGGUGAUCAAUUCUACGGCUCGGCGAUGCCCUGUGAUGGAAGCUGCGCCUCGGUGGAGAUCACCGUUGCCGGCAUGUACAUGACAGGCUACUUGUGUGCACCCAACAACUUGUGCACCUCACUUGACGUAAAGAAUAGUUGUGCGGGACUUGCCGGUCAGCACAAUAUUCUCGGCUGUUGUUGUGAUAAUGCCAUCAACUGCAAUAAUAGACACAAUCUCACCGUUCCGCCGUACACUCCGCCGACGAAAUCCCCGAUUGCCUGCUACAGCGGUCUUGCCGUCAACGGCCAGCUCCUCACCGACGCCAACCAAUACAUGGCCUGUCAAGGUGAUUGCGGACUGUUCAACUUCCACACCAAAACGGGAGAUUUUGACAUCAACGUCACAAUGUUCUCGUGCGAUGGCGUAUCGGUUUGUGAUUCACUCGGAUUGAAAGACUCGUGCAGCUCGCUCGGCACGGUUAUCGAUGGUUGUUGCUGUGGAUUCAAUGACUGCCUCGACAUCAGCAAAAGACAAGUCAAACCAAACCAUGACACGUUGAAAUGUUUUGUUGGUUUGGGAACGAGUGGUCUGCUCUCUUCCACCUAUGGAGACUCGGAGUCGUGCAGUGGGCAGUGCUCAUCGGUGCAAACGAGUGUGAAAGGGCAAAACACGUGGGGUUUCUUCUGCGCCCCCGACGCACUCUGCGAUGCACUCAACAAGACAAACGGUUGCCAGAGCGUUCACGAUCAAAACGGAAAAUUCGUGCGCACCUGUUGCUGCAGUGAUGCCAACAAUUGCAAUCUGAAUAACAGUAAUGCUCCACCCGCACCCACAGCUCUUCCACCAGCACCAGCCAGCACACCGAUCGCCUGCUAUAGCGGAAUCUCACUGAAUGGACAACAACUUGGACCGGACGAUGCCUAUUCGGCUUGCUUCGGGGAAUGCACAUCGCUCAGCUACUGGACAAGACUGUUCGACAACGACUACGUGGCCACCAUUUUCACGUGUGAUCCGAUUCAACUCUGUAAUCACUACGCGAUCAGCGGGGAUUGUGCAACGAUCCUCGGCGGUGACUCAACAAUCAGUGGAUGUUGCUGUGAUUUUGAUGACUGUAUCGACAAAAAGACUGGAGGAAUCAAAAAAAAACAACAAGAUCUUCAACAAUGUUUUGUCGGUUUGGCUUCAGAGGGUUCGAAUGUCAAUAUGACCUAUGGACAAUCGUUGCCCUGUGAUGGACAGUGUGGAUUGAUGGCCAGCAACUUCAACGGACACGAGGUCUACGGCUUCUACUGUGCCUCGAACAAGUUCUGCAACUCGUUGAAUCUCACCAAUCAUUGCAUGAAGAUGUUUGCCGAUGGUGGCACUUAUUUGGAGGCUUGCUGCUGCUCAAAUUCGGACAAUUGCAAUCUCAACAACCUUGACACCCCAAUUAAUCCACCACCGUCAUUGCCUCCCCCGUCGUACCAUGGAGCGCCAAUCACUUGCUUCAGUGGAAUUUCGAUCAACGGUGUUAGAACAACAGCUGCCGACAGCUUCCAGACUUGCUAUGGAGAGUGUUUCUCGAUGACCUACCAAUUGAAUCUCCUCGGUAAGAACUAUGCCGCAACUCUGUUCACAUGUGACCCCUCGGAAAUGUGCGAUCACUUCGGUAUCAGUGGAAGUUGUGCAACGCUCCUCGGUGAACAAGGCUCAAAUGCAAUCUCCGGUUGCUGCUGUAAUUGGAACGAUUGUCUGGAUUGGAACGGAAAGCCAAAAUCCACCAACGUGACGCACCGACCCGAUAACUUGGCUUGUGUCGUAGGAGCCUCCUACAAAAGCGCUGGCGCUGAUGAGCAGUUGUUGGGCAGCUCGAUGCGUUGUGAUGGAUCGUGUAUCUCGGUGGAAACAAGUGUUAACAAUGUCUACUUGACAGGGUACUACUGUGUCGAGCCAUCAUUGUGCACUAAAUUGGACAUGACGAACAAAUGCAAUGCGUUGCUUGGCGAUCAAUAUGCAAAGGGAUGCUGUUGUGACACAGGAGACAAUUGCAAUAAUGUGAACAAUUUGGACGUGCAUCAAUAUACUCCACCAAUGGAUCCACCACUUGCAUGUUACAGCGGUCUUUCCAUCAAUGGAGCCAUGCAAUCCGACGCGAACUCGUACAUGGCAUGCCAAGGCAAAUGUGGUCUUCUCUCUUUCACAACCGUUGUCGGUGAUAAGAGCUAUGAUUUCACGUUGUUUGGUUGUGAGCCUGUUGAUGUUUGUGACCAGCUCGGCCUGAAAGACUCUUGUAACAAGAUCGUCAAUGGAAUGAUUCAAGGAUGUUGCUGCGGGUGGAGUGAUUGUAUCGAUCGAGAGCACAAGUCGGUGAAACCAUCUCGUGAUACACUUCAAUGCUUCUCGGGAAUCGCCACCGAAGGUUCCCAAUACAAUUCGACCAUCGGCACUGCUCAGGCUUGCGAUGGGCAAUGCGCUUCAAUUGCUAGCAGCAUCAACAAUCAAGCCACGUGGGUGUUCUUCUGUGCGUCGAAUAAACUCUGCGAUGCGCUCAAUAUGACGAACCACUGUGACACUUUGUUCACCGACAAUCAGGAUUACCUGGAGGCGUGCUGUUGCAAUGACGACGAUCAAUGCAACGUUAACAAUGCUCAUGUUGACCCAGCUCCAACUCUUCCACCGCCUCCAUCGGGCGUCCCACCAAUCACUUGCUACAACGGCCUCAGCAUCAACGGAAAUCUUCUCACCGCCGGCAACAGCUAUCAAGCCUGUUUCGGGGAUUGCUCAGCGAUCACGUACCACUCAGUCUUUUUGGGCAAGAGUGUCACCACCACAGUGUACGCUUGUGACCCGGCGAGUUUGUGCAGUCAGCUGGGAAUGGAUAGCAAGUGUGCAAAUAUUCAAAGCGGAAACACGUCGACGACAUUGUACGGAUGUUGUUGCACGUACAAUGAUUGCAUCGAUCUAUCGAAUGGGAUGUUGAAAGACCCCGCCAGCUCGACAACCACCACCACAACCCUAGGAACUGGUCCAACCACCACCACAACUCUAGGCUCGAAUUUUGCGGCCACGAUGUUCACCUGUGAUUCGGUCUCUUUGUGCCCGAUUCUUGGAAUCAACGAUGCUUGUGCGACAAUAAUGGGAAACGCGACUAUGUCCGGCACGCAACCAACGCCCGGAACCCAGCCGACAGCCGGCAACCAAUCAACAAGAGCAGCUGGUACUCAACCAACAACUGACCUACAAUCAUCAGCCGGAACCCAACUGACAAGCGGCACA